UCAGUACACGGAGGUUAGUUAUUCAAACACAAAUUGAACUAACCUUCGUGUAGGUACUAAAAAAAGUGUUUUUGUUUAUCUUAUCAGACUAACGACAAAUAAAUGAUUCGUUACUUUCACAUUUGUCAUUUAACAAUAGAAGAGGAAAAUGCACUAGAGGUGGUGCCAAUACUGCUUAUCACUAACAGAUAGUGGCUGAUACAGCAUUUUAUUGUGUCAUAUGCCUGUUGUAAUUAUCCUAUGGUCUGUGAUUAUCCUGUUUUAGAUGUUGUUAGUUGUUUAGUUGUGUUUCGUUUGGUAGACAAGAUCUGUAACUAUGAGCAGUAGGUCGGGAUGCGAUAUAUGUGUUUGCAAGGAGGAUCUUCCAAACCACAAAGGUUCUCUUCAACAUCGCUUCAACUUUGCAUUAUUUGAGUGGACUAAAUAUAGACGAGCAAUUGUCAAGAACCGAAAUGGCAUAGAAAUUGAGGUAAAACUCCAUAACAUAGAAACGAAUCGAAAUGAUUUGGUGUAUAAGUUUGAAGAAAAAAAGGGUCGUCAUGGAAUGACGGUGUUGGAACAGCGUGCUAGAGAUGAAAUGGUACAAAACAAUGGGAUCAGCUAUAUCUUCACUGUAUUAAAUAAGCAGCGAUCUAAAAGUAUUUUCUUAAUGGGUACAAUGCUUUUACAUCCAAAUAAUAAUUUUAAAUUGGAGGAUUUUGAAGGAAAAAUGACAGAAAAUACUAUUUUACAACUUGAACCAAAUGCCUCAUACAGUUUUAAAGUUACAUUCAACUUAAAUCGUGUAAAAGUGAGUACUUUCGCCAUGCCCGUAGCUAUACAUCUGCAGACCGAACGUCUUGAAAAUUUUACUAUAUCUCGAGAAAUGCUUAUUAACAUUAUUGGAGCAUUGGAAUUUAAUCAAGAGGUGACAGUUGCAAGCAAAAGUCCUUUCACAUCUGCAUUAUGGCAUCAAGAAAUAAGUGAAUGGAAUGAGCCAUUGGUCAGAAUUCCGUUUCAAAACACUUUUACCAUUCCACCAAAAUAUGAUAAAAUCGUUAAGAUGGGAAUUACAAGAUAUCAGAGCAUAACGCCCGAAGAAGAUAUUUCAUUGCGACAUGUUGAGCAUUUAUUACAUCCCGGCUAUGUGACACAACAUAAUUAUAAGGAUUUCUUUCAUAUUGCUCUGUGGGUUGAUGAAAAGGGAGCAGAGUUAAUGUUACAGCGAUAUAAUAUGGAAAAUGUUAAUAUCACAGUUAUACAGAAGACCUUAUUGGAAUUGGAAGUUCCCGGUUUGGCAGAGAAACGGCCUUCUCUCAUUAGGGGGGAUGUUGUUAAUCUAAGAUUGCAUGGAGAUCAUAUUGGUUAUAAAGGAGUGAUAUCAAGAGUAAAUAAUUUGAGCAUUUACAUUCAAGGUGUAGACGAGUUGCUUAUAGAAUAUAUUAGGAGUAAUCCUGAUGCAGAAAUUGACGUUUCCUUUAAACUUGGUCGGCUUCCCUAUGAAAGAAUGCACAACGGUGUGGAUCAUUGCGUCAGUAGCGGUAUGACCAACUACUUAUUCCCUGAUAACAUUAUAUCAAAUGUGGGUAUUUUGGCUGGCCGACGUUUACCGGACACUGAGUUUUUUAAUCCUGCUAUUAGGGGAAAUCCAGAGCAAAGAAGUGCUGUUGAAAGUAUUUUAUUUAGAAGUAAUUUUGCACCAUAUAUAGUUUUUGGACCCCCUGGAACCGGAAAAACUAUAACCAUUGUGGAAGCUAUUUUACAGCUAGUCAAGAAAAUCCCAGGGGUGGUGAUUUUAGUAUGCGCUCCUGCAAAUGCAGCUUGUGAUAUGUUGGCAAGUAAACUAAUCCAAUCAAAACGCUUAACCGAAAAGGAAUUGAUUCGCGUACACACGGAUACCAGAGAAUGGGACACGGUACCGGAAGAUGUCAAGGGCUAUAGUAACUAUGUGGACGGCGAAUAUAUCAAACCAAGAGGAUUCGAAUUAAUGAAGUACCGAGUCAUUGUUACAACACUAAUUUUAAGCGGAAGGUACCAGAAUGACCGUUUGAAACCAAAUUAUCUCUUUAUUGAUGAAGCUGCCCAAGCAAUGGAACCCGAAGCAGGCGUUGCUAUCGGACUGUUAUCCGCAGGUAGUCAGUUGAUUCUCGCAGGUGAUCCUAAACAACUGGGCCCUAUAUGCACAUCUAAAGUUGCUGAAAAAUUGGGACUAAAUAUCUCCUUACUAGAAAGGCUAAUGAAAUUUCCAUUAUAUGUUAGUAAUAAUGUCAAUGUCAUUACCACUCUUAAAUUAAAUUUCCGUGCCCACCCAGAAGUAUUACAGAUACCAAAUGAAUUAUUCUAUGAAAAUCAACUAAAGGCUGUCUCACGUAACGCUUUAUUAGACCCAAUAGCAAGAAUAUGUGUUCAUGACAAAUUUAUCCACAAAAAAGCAAAAAAUCUUACUGAGCCUUCGUGCUUAGAAUUUGUUGCAGUAUUCGCAAAAGAAAUGCGACAAGGUCGAUCCCCUAGCUAUUUCAAUCCAAAGGAAGCCGAGAUGGUAGUCAAAUACGUAUCAGCAUUACUUAAUCUUGAAGAGACAAAGGUGUUACAGAGCGAAAUUGGCAUUGUUACACCUUACAUCAGACAGGUUUAUCGAGUCAAAGAGCUAUUGGCCAAAAACAAUUAUACAGAUGUUGAAGUUGGUACCACUGAAGUAUUUCAAGGACGCGAAAAACGCAUUAUAAUCAUCACCACAGUUCGUGCACAGUAUGAUUUGCUGCUAUAUGAUCGCAAAUACAAGCUAGGAUUUGUGUCAAACGAAAAGCGCUUUAAUGUGGCUUUAACACGUGCUAUGAGCAAAUUGAUUAUCAUAGGAUGUCCAAAUGUUUUGCAGUAUGAUGACAAUUGGUUAAAAUUUAUUCAAGAUUGCGAGGCAAAGCAAUCAUAUUUUGGUUCAAGACGUGAUGUACGGCAUGACAAUUUAAAACAAGAUGUUAUGAAAAGAUUGAAUAAUGUUUAUAUGCGAGAUCAACAGUAUAAGAAGGUGCAAUAAUUAUUACCAAUUAAUUGUUUGUGUAGAUAGUGUUAAUUUUUGUCCUUUGCUUUUGAAACUGCUUGUAAAGUUUUAUGACUUGCGUACAGUGUUCAAUUCGCACUCCAUUCUUUGAUAAUCAUAUAAUCACAGCUGUGCAGGCAGUUUGUUGUGCAAUGUUGGCGAGGCUACAUGAUUAUAAGACUUGAAUAAUGUGAUAAUGAAAAUGUGGAAAAAUUUUAUAUUUGUAGUGAUAUUUUUGUAUUUGUUUGUUGAAUUUUGUAUUUUAUAACAAUUUUUUAAUCAAUAAAUUUUUUGCACGUAUUAUUAUGAAA